AUAAUUACCGAUACAUCGUUGCAUAACGAUUCAACAAAUCAACGGUUAUUGCAACUUAAUCAGAUUUUGCGCAUUGACCGGUUCCUAUUGAAAAACAAGACUAUGGAUUAGGGAUGUAUAUAUACUAAAGCCCCAUUAAGCCUAGAAUAUACAAAAACAGUUAUGGCAUUCCGAUUAGGCAUAACCCUCCUACUUGUUCUGGUCUGCACUGCUGUGACAAGCAGUAGAGCUGCCAACUCACAGCACCGUGACACUUCUUCCCUCCACCGGAGCAGUUUUCCGGCAGGUUUCGUGUUCGGGACAGCUUCAUCGGCUUACCAGUAUGAAGGUGCUGCAAAUGAAGGUGGUAGAGGUCCAAGUAUAUGGGACACAUACACUCGCAAGUAUCCCGAGAAGAUUCACGACCACAGUACUGGAGAUGUGGCUAUUGAUGAGUAUCAUCGCUAUAAGGAAGAUAUCCGGAUUAUGAAAGACAUGGGGCUUGAUGCUUACAGGUUUUCAAUUUCAUGGUCAAGAUUGUUACCAAAUGGAAAGCUGAGUGGAUGUGUGAACAAGGAAGGAAUCAAAUAUUAUAACAACCUCAUCAACGAGCUUAUAGCCAAUGGUCUUGUACCCUAUGUUACACUCUUUCAUUGGGAUACCCCUCAAGCUUUGGAAGAUGAAUUCGGUGGCUUCCUUAGCCCUAAAAUUGUGGACCAUUUCAAGGACUAUGCAAAUCUCUGCUAUAAAGAAUUUGGUGACAGAGUUAAGCACUGGAUCACGUUAAAUGAGCCAUGGAGCUACUCCAAUGGUGGUUAUGUGAUUGGAACAUUUGCACCAACCCGAUGUUCUGAUUGGCAAAACCUAAAUUGCACGGGUGGAGAUUCAGGGACUGAGCCAUACUUGGCGUCACAUUACCAACUUCUAGCUCAUGCAGCCGCCGUAAAAUUGUACAGAGACAAAUAUCAGGCAUCACAGAAGGGCGUGAUUGGAAUAACACUACUAUCAUAUUGGUUCGUGCCAUAUUCUGAUGCAAAGUGGGAUGUAGAUGCUGCAGAACGUGCAUUGGAUUUUAUGUAUGGAUGGUUUAUGGACCCCCUAAUUAAUGGAGACUAUCCACGCAGCAUGCGAUAUCUUGUUGCAGACCGAUUACCCAAAUUCACAAAAGAAGAAUCCAAGUUGCUUAAGGGUUCAUUUGAUUUUAUUGGAGUAAACUACUACACUGCUAACUUUGCAGCCUACAAGGCACCUUGUUUUAAUGCUGCUCAUCCUAAUGCGAAUAACCCAAGCUACACUACAGACGCUCUCGUUAAUCUUUCAGUCGAGCGUGAUGGUGUUCCUAUUGGUCCAAAGACUGCUUUGGAUUGGCUCUAUAUUUAUCCAGAAGGAUUUCGAGAGCUCUUGCUCUACACAAAGAACAAGUAUAAUGAUCCAGUUAUCUACAUCACUGAAAAUGGAGUUAAUGAGCUGAACGAUCCCGGAUUAUCGCUUGAGGAAGCCCUAACCGAUAAUCAUAGAAUUGACUAUUACGAUGCCCAUCUCAGUUAUCUUCUUUCAGCAAUCAAGGACGGGGUUAAGGUGAAAGGAUAUUUUGCGUGGUCAUUGUUUGAUAACUUUGAAUGGAAUACGGGUUACACUUGUAGAUUCGGCCUCAACUUUAUAGAUUACAAAAAUGGACUCAAACGAUACCCUAAACUCUCAGCUGGCUGGUUCAAGAAGUUUCUUCAAAAGUGUGUCGAGUUAGACGCAAUUUCCUCUCGCAAAUUUCAAUCAAUGUAAAUCACUAGAAUGAGACCGAGAUCGAUGCAGACUCCACUUUGUAUGUUGGUUCGUCUCUCUUCAUAUUUCAAAGAUUCAUGUUAAGGAAUUCAAUUCUCUCAUUAUCUUU